AUGUACCUAAUGUUGAAUGGGGCUCCCUUUUUCUUUUGCUUUCGUGCCAACCAGACACCAAACACCACCAGAACAAUUGCCAGGAAGCUCAUGAAUCCAAUUGCCAUGACAACUCCGCCUUUCAUGCCCCCACCAUUUUUGGAUAUUGUGAUUGCGGUAAUAUUUGGAGUAGGUGUAGUUGAUCUUGCAAUGAGUUUUUCAGGGGCAAUUGCUGGUAAGGCUGAACUAGUUGGAGCAUCAGCUUGGGAUAUAUUAUUUUGGGAGGCAGGGGGAGAAGGUGGUGGUGGUGGAGGUAAUGCAAGAGAGGGACGGCUGGUGAGCGGUGACUUUAUAGCGAGAGGAGAUGGAGAAACUGAGGUAGGUGGUGAUGAGACUGCAAUUAACAGAGAAGGAGAGGGUGAAAGAGCUGGAGAGGGAGGUGCUGUGCCAAAAGGAGGGGAAGGUGAUGCUUGUGGGAGAGGAGAGGGUGAUAAGUUUACAGAUGGAGGGGGAGAAGCAUGGGGUGGUUGUGGUGGCAUAGACAGAAGAGGCAGGAGGGACAGAGGAGGUAAGGAAGGGGAAGGGGCCAGUGUUGAUAAUGGUGGUGGUGAUGAUUGUGGUCGGGGAGGAGGGGAGAGGUAA